AUGGCGCUGGCACGCAUUCGCCGCGGUGAAGCGCGUGGAAAGGAACCGGUCCUCAAGACACGUGCCGCCGCCUCAACCCCCAGUCGGCCACAUGUCAUGAUGCUGUUCCUCCAUGCACGCAUGCGCAAGGCGCGAGCGGAGGCAACCCAAGCCGUCGCCCUCACUUCCAAGGAUGGCGAUGCGCGGCCAAAGAGAAAGAAAUUCAACGAAUGGGGCUACGAGGACGGGACUCAGAUGUCCUCAUCGUUUGUGCUUCAGAGCUGA